UUAUGUUUCUCUAAAACCCAUUGUUGUCCAAGGUUUUAGACACUUACCCCACAUUCCCCUGCAUAUUUGUCAUAGUAAAAGUUUAUAUUGGAUUUUCAUACGAUUCAUUGAACUUAUAUAUCUUGUAGAUUGUUUUAAAGGAUAUUCACAUUUUCAGUUAUUCUGCUUAUACAACUUUAUAUGGAUGUAUGAAGUUUUUUCGGAUUAUAUUUUACGUAUAUAUACUUUCUUAUGUUCAUUUAUGGAUGCAUCUGUGCAUGGAAGUAAAAGUGUAUGCAUUUUAUGCAUUGUAAAAGGUGAGCCCCCAUCAGCCUUUACGGUAUUAAAAGGGGCUUUAGAUGGGAAUGGACCCGUUCUCACUAGAACCUUUGGCAAUGAGAAAAUUAAUAUCUCUGUAAUGCGCUUGGCCAAUAUCAUUUCUGGAAGCGGAGGGGAGGAUGAUGACGAUGACAUAAACCAGUUGUUCCUUCACGUGGAUGUGUCAAAGCCUGGACAGGAAAAAUCUUUGCAGUUUCUAUGCGGGCAAUAUCCAGAUGCAUUGGGAAUUCAUUCUGUUUCAUUGAGACAGAAGGCUGAUGACCCGGAGUUUCCAUCUGCAUAUAAUGGCCCUCUUUUUGAUAGUAUUCUCCUGCAAUGGAAUAGGAACGCAUGCCUGCUUGCAAUUCUAACUCCAUGAGGUACCUAUGUUAGUGCACUUUGAGAGCAGUUCAGUCUUCAACAACAUGGAGUUUUAUCUUCG